AUGUUCACGGAAAAUCAAACCAAAAAGGUGAAUGUAGUCGAGGAUGUGCAACCCAUCUCCAAUGAAGAGUUUGAAGAAGCUAAUUAUAUCAACAACCCUCAAGGAGGGUAUCAAAGACAACAUUAUCAGGGUCAAGGGCAACAAAGUCAAUGGAGGCCAAACCCGCAAGGGCAAGGCAACCAACAAUGGAGGCAUGACCAAGGUGGCUCGAACCAAGGGAAUUGGAACAACAACAACUUUUCUAACCGGAGUUCAAACCCCUAUGUUCCUCCAAAGGGUCAAUAUUCGAACCAAGGGUCCUCUAGUGAAUCAAAGUUGGAAGCUAUGCUUGAGCGAGUGUUGCAAAAUCAAGAAAAAUCCGAUGCUUCCAUGAGGAACAUGACCGAGGUUGUUGGAUCUCAUACCGCCUCCAUCCAAAAAUUGGAGAUGCAAAUGAGAGACCUCUCCAAAGAGCAAAAUCCAAAACAAAAGGGAACACUCCCUAGUGACACGGUUGCAAAUCCAAGUGGGAGUGGCCCAACUUCUCACAUCAUGGCGAUCACUACUAGGAGUGGGAAAGUGCUACACGGAGAGGUUGAACAAACGGUUGAAGAAGAAGAGUCCGAACAAAGGGUUGAGGUUGACGAGCCAAGUGUUGUCGAGGUUGAAAAGAUUUCGGACGAGUUGAAAGUGCAAAAAGAGAACCGGGAAGAGGUGAAGGAAAAAGUGAAAGAGACACCAAAAGCUCUUCCACCUAUUCCUAGACCUCCUCCCCCAUUUCCUCAAAGGCUCGCAAGAAAGAUUGAUGAUAGCAAACUUGAAAAAUUCUACGACAUCCUAAAGCAAUUAACGGUGAAUAUUCCUUUGUUGGAAGCUUUUCAAGAGAUGCCGGGGUUUGCUAAAUAUUUGAAGGAUUUGAUCACCAAGAAGAGGACCACAAAGAAUGAGGUGGUAAACAUGACUCACCGGGUUAGCUCUAUUAUUGCCACAACCCUUGUCCAAAAGAAAGAGGACCCGGGAGCCUUUACUAUUCCAUGCACUAUCGGGGCGCGUGAAUUUGCAAGAGCCCUUUAUCCAUCGGCCACUCAGCCAUCAUUGGGCGAGGCUAGCAGCUCACAGGUCCCAACCCCAGUUAUGGACCAGCCAGGGAUUCCUCCUGCAGUUGUGACUUCCUCCUCAGGCCCGAGCUCUCAGUCUCACGUUCCAGACCUCGGAGAGUACGACCUUCCUAGCACAGAGCAGGCUACUGACCUCCCAUAG